AAAAUUUGAACGCUCUUUUGUUUCAUCUGAGUUUUUUGGGCGUUCCAUUUUGUCUGCUAACUUUCCAGAAAUAGAAAUAUAAUUAGAAACUUCCAUCAAACAGACAAUUGUGUCAGAUAGGUAGCGGAGGCCCUAGCCGGAGGGCUCUCUCUCUCUCUCUCCCUCCCCUCUCUGCCACCCUAUCCAUAUUUUUGUAAAUUUCUCCCAAAUCCGAAUCCCAUUCAAACUGAUCGAGGCGGCGUCGCCACACCCAUAUCUUUAUCCCUUCACAAUUCCCAAUAAUACUUUAAGCAAAUAUAAUCCAAUCCCAAUCCAUUUGAAGGACCUGUUGUUGUUUGGAGUUUCAAUUUCUUGGGGUUGUUUUUGGAGGUAAUUGAGAAACUUGGGUUCUGAUCUGAUAACCCAUUUGUCUGUUAAUUUGAUUGCCAUGAGGAUUUGAGGUGGAAGGAACCCAGUUGGAUUUUUUAUUUGCGAAGUUGUGUUUUUGUUUUGCUUGUUGAUCAAGUUUUUCUGGGUGGAGUUGAAGGAUUUGAAAUUCUGGGGGUUUCUUAGGGCUUUUGGUAGGAGAAGAUUGGGAAAGUACCCACCUAGCUGUUGAGUUGGUGGGGUUGCUGGAAAAUUUGGGGUCAAAUUCUGUCUCUUUUUGUUGCAUUUGGGAGAUUUCUCUGGAAUUUGGAAAAGCUUCAAGACUUGGAAAAUUGGUAACUAAUAUUUUAUCUGCAACUAGUUUUUCCUUUCAUUUGAGCUAAAAGGUUGUGGCAUUAGAUAAAUCUAUUUGUUGAACAUUGGAAUCAUAUCUCAUCGACUUGUGUUUUUAGUUCUUCAUACAUCCAGGAUUGAUUUGUCGUUCUUUCGAAAACCUUGAGAGCUCGAAAACCGUAUUGUAGUUGUAUAAUCUGCUGUAGGUUUUAUAGCUCUUCAGCUUUGUUGCCGUAGAAAUAGAGAAAUACAAACAUUUCCUGACUCCAAAAACAUGGAUAUAAGUAAUGAGGCCAGUGUUGAACCAUUUCCUAUUGGACCUUCAACCAUUGUUGGCCGGACGAUUGCUUUCAGGGUUUUAUUUUGCAAGUCAAUGUCACAUUUGAGGCAUCAAAUGUUUCAUAUCUGUUUGAGUCUCGUCUAUAGAUUCAAUAACUUUUUGGCUCCCAUGCUCUUAUGGUUGCAUCUCCGAAACCCUCAAGGGAUAUUGGCAAUGGUGACAAUCAUUGCUUUUCUGUUGAAACGAUAUACGAAUGUCAAAGUCAAGGCAGAAAUGGCCUAUCGAAGGAAAUUCUGGAGAAAUAUGAUGAGAACGGCAUUGACCUAUGAGGAGUGGGCUCAUGCUGCUAGGAUGCUUGAUAAAGAGACACCGAAGAUGGAUGAAUCAGACCUUUAUGACGAAGAAGUAGUUAGGAACAAGCUUCAAGAGCUCCACCACCGUCGUGAAGAGGGUUCUCUCAGAGAUAUCAUGUUCUGCAUGAGAGCAGAUCUUGUUAGAAAUCUCGGUAAUAUGUGCAACCCUGAGCUUCACAAGAAACUUCAUGUUCCCAAACUCAUCAAGGAAUACAUACAUGAGGUCUCAACUCAGUUGAGAAUGGUUUGUGAUUCAGACUCAGAAGAGCUCUCGUUGGAAGAAAAGCUGGCUUUUGUGCAUGAAACUAGACAUGCUUUUGGGAGAACUGCCUUGCUCUUGAGUGGGGGCGCUUCUCUUGGGUCUUUCCAUGUUGGUGUGGUUAAAACGCUGGUCGAACAUAAGUUUUUGCCGAGAAUAAUUGCUGGUUCCAGUGUAGGAUCCAUUAUGUGUUCUGUUGUUGCCACUAGGUCUUGGCCUGAGCUCCAGAGCUUUUUUGAGGAUUCUUGGCACUCAUUGCAGUUUUUUGAUCAGAUGGGUGGGAUUUUUACAGUUGUCAAGAGGGUCAUGACACGUGGGGCAGUUCAUGAGAUCAGGCAGUUACAAAUGAUGCUAAGGCAUCUAACGAGUAACCUGACGUUUCAAGAAGCUUAUGACAUGACAGGUCGAAUUCUUGGGAUAACUGUUUGCUCGCCAAGGAAGCAUGAGCCACCUAGAUGCCUUAAUUACUUGACUUCACCUCAUGUUGUCAUAUGGAGUGCAGUGACAGCUUCUUGUGCUUUUCCUGGCCUUUUUGAGGCUCAGGAACUAAUGGCAAAGGAUAGAAGUGGAGAGAUUGUUCCAUAUCAUCCUCCUUUUAAUUUGGGUCCAGAGGAAGGGUCGAUGCCAGUGCGUAGGUGGAGGGAUGGUAGCUUGGAGAUAGAUUUACCUAUGAUGCAACUGAAAGAACUGUUCAACGUUAAUCAUUUUAUUGUCAGUCAGGCAAAUCCUCAUAUUGCACCAUUGUUAAGGCUAAAGGAAUUUGUGAGAGCUUGUGGAGGCAACUUUGCUGCUAAGCUUGCUCAUCUUGCUGAAAUGGAGGUGAAGCAUAGAUGUAAUCAGAUCCUGGAACUUGGUUUUCCAUUAGGUGGACUUGCCAAGCUGUUCGCUCAAGAUUGGGAGGGUGACGUUACUGUUGUUAUGCCGGCUACACUUGCUCAGUACUCUAAAAUUAUACAAAACCCAACACAUAUUGAGCUUCAAAAGGCAGCCAACCAAGGUAGAAGGUGCACUUGGGAGAAGCUCUCGGCCAUAAAGGCAAACUGUGGCAUUGAGCUUGCUCUUGAUGAGUGUGUUGUAAUUCUCAACCACAUGCGUAGACUCAAAAGGAGUGCAGAAAGAGCUGCGGCUUCUUCUUCUUCUCAUGGCCUAGCUAGUACAAACAAAUUUAGUGCAUCUAGAAGAAUUCCGUCCUGGAAUUGCAUUGCUCGAGAGAAUUCAAGUGGUUCCCUUGAAGAAGACCUCAUUGGAGAUGGUGGUUCCUCAUUCCAUCAUGGUGUUGGCACAUCUACCAGUGGAGUUCAUUCUGGUAAAAGCUUUCAAACCCACCAUAAUAUACAUGAUGGAAGUGACAGUCAAUCCGAGAACGUUGAUUUUAAUUCUUGGACGAGAUCUGGUGGACCCUUGAUGAGGACAACAUCAGCAAAUAAGCUCAUCGACUUUGUCCAAGAUUUGGACAUUGAUGCUGAAUUGAACAGAAGGGUGCUGACUAAUCCUAACUCAAUGACGCUUCAGAUGGGAGGCAAUAAUCAUUAUUAUCAAAGCCCGAGAGGUACAACACCUGAAAGAAGUCCCGAAAGCAUAAAAUUUGAUAAGAGGGAGUUUGGAAGCAUGGUUUCAGCAAAUGGUUCUAGCAUCACGGUGACUGAAGGUGAUCUGUUGCAGCCUGAAAGGAUACCUAAUGGGAUUGUAUUUAAUGUUGUGAAGAAAGAAACAUUGUCAAGUAGGAGUAGUCAUGACGGGGAAAAUUACAGGAGUGAAGAAGCUGAAUGUGUGCAACUUGACAGUCUGGAAAAUGACAUGGACGCUAGGUCUGCAUCUGAAGAUGAUGAUGCCGAUAUCACUUCCGCAGCCUUCUUAAAUGAAACGGAACCCAAUUGCCUGUCAAUGGAUCAACCUAAGGAAGAAGAUUGUAAUCAUCAGAGCACUGUGGAUGGCUAAUUUGACCGUACGUUCUGCUUACGUAUUUUAUUCGACAAUUCGAUCCAAAAUAAAUACUGUAGUUGCUUGAAGCUUACGUUUUAGCGUUGCACUCAUUUGCUUCUGCAGGUAAUUAGUAAAAGAAAAUGAUCUUGAGCUCUGCAUACAUCUAGCCCAUGAAUAUGUAAAUUACUUGCUUACACAAGUUGUACACGAUUGUGAUUCAUAUGGAUCAAUGAAUGAAAAAAGGAGUA